AUGGAUGCGGACGAGCUGCAGCCCUUGCUGCUUCGGUACUCGCUGCGCCACGCGGCGCCGGAGCCGGAGCCGGCGGCUCCCCAGCAGCGCUAUGCGAGCCAAGACUUCUGGGACGCGAGGUUUCAGGACAGCGAGGGCCUCUUCGAUUGGUACGCGACCUAUGAGGAGCUGAGGGACGCCUUUGAGGAAUUCUGCCCGCCGAGCCGCGACAAAGUCCUCGUGGUGGGGUGCGGCAACUCGGCCUUCAGUGCGGAGUUGCUGGUGGCGGGGUAUGGGGACAUCACCAGCAUCGACAUCUCCUCCGCCGCCAUCGAGAAGAUGCGGAAGCAGUUCCCUCAGCCGGGCCUCACCUGGCGCGCCAUGGACUGCACGCAGCUGGCUUUUGGGGCGGACAGCUUCCGCCUGGCCUGUGACAAGGGGACCUUGGAUGCCUUGAUGAGCGGCGCAAGGGAUUCGGCCCAGCAGAUGGUCAGGGAAGUGUGGCGGGUGCUGGAGCCGGGGGGCUUCUUCGUCCUGGUCUCCCACAGCGGCCGGCGCUUGCCGCUGCUCCGCGAGAGCCUCGGCGAAGCGGGAGGCGCCUGGCGCUGCCUGGAGCGGCGCAAGGCGCGGCUCUCGCCGCAGGCCACCUUCAUCAACGCGCUGCGUGCGUCGCUGGCGCCGGGACGGCCGCUGGCGGAGGCAUUCCAAAAUCCGGAGGUGCUGCAGAAAGCCGCGGAGGAUGCCCGGGCGGCGCUGAAGAGGAUGGCCUUCCUGGACGCGUUUCGGCUCUUCAAAGCCAGGAAGCGGGGCGCGAGAAAGGACGCGGACGCGGAGGAGAAGGAGGUGGAGUCAGAGGAGGUUGGGUCAGAUCCAAAGUUGGCUAUCCGGCAGGAGCCGGAGGGCGAGAAGUCGCGGCUCCAGCCUUUCUGCUCCCUGGACGUUUUUGCGAGGGUCACUGGUCACGAGGUGGGUAUGCGGCUCCAUGCCAUGUACAAGGGCGACAGCGAGUACUACCCCGCGCAGAUCACCAACAUCAACAACAACAAGGGCUUGAAGAAGAAGAGGACGCCAGUGAAGGUGCACUACAUGGGCUAUGGAGAGGAGGAAGACGCCUGGCUGCCCCUGGACAUGCUGAAGUGCAAGGCUCUCAAGGGACAGGAAGAAGCGAAGCCUGCGAAAGCUGCGGCGCCCAAGGCCAAGGCCAAGGCCAAGGAGAAGGGCAUGCGCCUCCAGGCGGAGGCCGAUGGCAAGUACUGGUCCGCCGAGGUGGUGGCGGUGUCUCUGAAGCGCAAGGGCGCUCCUGUGAAGGUCACCUACAUUGGCUACGACAAGCAGUACGAUGCGCCUGGGAACGUGGAGUGGCUCGGGGCGGACCGGCUGCGCUCCAAGGCCAUCGUGCCAAAGGGCAAGGACGGGGGUUCUGGUGCGUCCCCGGCAGCCUUCGGGGCGGUGAUGCCGAUGCCUGCGAAGAAGCUGCUGCUGGUGAAGCCCAAGAUCAAGGCGCCCCUGGACCCAGGCUUUUGCCCGUUGGUCCUGGCCAAGCACAAGUAUUUGGAGGCGGCCAAGGAGUGCAAGGACAAGCUCACCUUCGCACUGCCCCGCGCCGACGGCUGCGCGCGCUACGCGCUGCCGGUCUUCCCCGACGGCACGAGGGACGCGAGGGCCUCCGCGUACCUGGCUGGCGUCAUCAUCCAGGAGAUCAUGUGGCAACGCAGCGCCUCCGGCCUGAUCAUGCACGGCCCCCCGAAGAUCUGCAAGUUCCUGCAGACGAAGUGCUUCGCGAAGGGCGGGGCCUACGAGUUCGAGGUGAUGUCUAUGCCCAAGGUCUGCGGCACCCCCGACUCGCCCUUCGAGGUGAAGGUGGUGGAGAACGAGUCCGACAUCCCGGAGGCCUUCGACACACCUCAGGUCUGCGGCAAGGACGCCGGCGGCUGCCGCCUCGCCUUCGAUUUGGGUAAGAGUGACAUCAAGACGGUGGCCGUCAAGGACAACGAGGUCGUCUACUCCAAGGAAACGGAGUGGGACGUCACGAACCCUGACCCUCAGUACCACUACGACGCCAUCCUUGCGGCGCUGAAGAUCGCGAAGGAGAGCCUUCCCAAGGUGGACGCCAUCGGCGGCUCCGCCACCGGCACCGUCUCCGGGAAGAACGAGGCGACCUGGUGCGACAUUUUUCCCAACGUGCCCCCGGACGUCUACAAGGAGAAGGUGGUGGACAUUUUCAUCCGCCUGGGCAAGGAGAUUGCCGGUGACGUGCCGCUGAAGGUCAUCAACGACGGAGAGGUCACGGCCCUGGCCGCGGUGCAGAAGAUCAAGGACGGCAACGUCAUGGGCAUCUCCAUGGGCAGCUCCGAGGGUGCCGGCUACGCCAACAAGGAGGGCAACUUGAUGGGCUGGAUCAGCGAGCUCUGCUACGUCCGCCUGGACCUGAACCCGAAGGCGCCCACGGACCCCUGGUCCAAGGGUGCCCACCGGGGCCUGAGUCACAUGUACCUGGGCCAGCGCGGCACCACCAAGCUGGCGGCCAAGGGCGGCGUGGAGGUGCCAGCCAACCUCAAGUACCCCCACCCGGACAUGUGCACCAUCAAGCACGAGAACCACGCCCAGUGCCUGAAGCUGAUCCAGGAGGCUAUGAAGUCGGAUAAGGAGGCGGAGGUCACCAAGAUCUACGAGACGGUGGGGGUGUACCUGGGCUACGCGCUGGCGCAGUACUGCGAGUUCUACACGAUCGAGCACGUGAUGAUUCUUGGGCGUGUGAGCAAGGGCAAGGGCGGCGACAUCAUGCUGGACACGGCGAAGAAGGUCCUGGAGGCGGAGUUCCCGCAGUUCGCCAACAUCACGUUCCACACCGCGGACGACCACUUCAAGGCGGUCGGCCAGUGCAUUGCCGCCGCUGCUCUGCCGGAGAUCAAGUGA